GCAGGCGCGGUCACGCUCCGCGGCACUACGGCAGGCACCAGCACCACCGGCCCUCCGUCUCCUCCCCGUCCACCUCGUCGGCGGCUCUGCCAGAAAACCCAAACCCAAACCCACAUCACCUCACCGCCGGAGCCCCGCCGGAGCCGGUCGCCUCGCCUUCCCGCGCGCCGUGCCGACUAGCUCCGCAGGUUAGAGAACCGGCAGGCUACCCUAACCCUAGCAUCCUCGGCUCGGCUCUAGAAGAGCACUGGGGGCGUGAGAGAGGGGGUCACCAGCCCUCGUGACCUCCUUCCGCUUCUACCUCGCCCCCGAAGCUUGCUAAAAUGGGGAUCUAGGGAAAUCCCAGCUCACUCCUCUCUCCAUGUCAUCAAUGAUAGCGCAAGUUGGGCGGAGAUGGUAGCGGCGGGCGGAGGUGCCGGCUGCUCGUCGCCAUCAGUAACAAGGGCAAGAAAGCUUAAAGUCGCUGUUAUCCAUCCAGAUCUAGGAAUCGGUGGCGCUGAGAGAUUGAUUGUUGAUGUGGCUUCUCAGCUUGCUGCCCAUGGAUACGAUGUUCAUGUUUUCACAUCACACCAUGAUAAGAACCGUUGCUUUGAGGAGACCGUUUCUGGCCCUUUUCUGGUUACUGUAUAUGGAGAUUUCUUGCCUCGCCAUGUAUUUUACCGCUUUCAUGCUGUCUGCGCUUAUCUUCGCUGCAUUUUUGUUGCGCUCUGUGUGCUACUCUGGUGGCCCUCAUUUGAUGUCAUAUUGGUUGACCAAGUUUCUGUUGUGAUUCCACUGCUCAAACUGAAGGCAUCAACCAAGAUAGUUUUUUAUUGUCAUUUCCCAGAUCUUUUGCUUGCACAACAUACUACCAUGCUUCAGAGGUUAUACCGCAAGCCAAUUGACAUGAUUGAGGAGGCCACUACUGGUAUGGCAAAUUUAAUUUUGGUCAACAGCAAAUUCACUGCGGCAACCUUUGCGAGGACCUUUCGUGGCUUACAUGCUAGAGGAAUUGAGCCUCGUGUUCUAUAUCCAGUUGUAUCUGCUGAGCAAUUUCAUGAACCUCAUUCUUAUAAGUUGAAUUUCCUAUCAAUCAACCGUUUUGAGAGGAAAAAGAAUCUUGAUCUAGCCAUUUCAGCAUUUGCGUUGCUCCGUUCUGUUGCUUCUAAACUACCUGGUGAUGCUUUGCAAGAUGCAACUUUAACAGUAGCAGGUGGCUAUGAUAAGCGUCUCAAGGAAAAUGUUGAUUACCUUGAGGAGCUCAAAAGAUUGGCAGUGACUGAAGGGGUGUCUGGACAGGUUAAAUUUGUAACGUCGUGCUCAACAUCAGAAAGAAAUGAGCUUCUCUCCAACUGCCUUUGUGUUUUGUACACUCCAAAGGAUGAGCAUUUUGGCAUUGUCCCUCUUGAAGCCAUGGCAGCCCAUAAACCAGUAAUUACAUGCAACAGUGGUGGCCCAGUGGAAACCGUUGUGAAUGAAGUUACAGGGUUUCUGUGUGAUCCAUCCCCCACAGAAUUCUCAAAAGCCAUGCUGAAACUUGUGAAUGAUCAUGAUCUUGCGAUCAGGAUGGGUAAACAAGCACGGGACCAUGUGGUGCAAAAAUUCUCCACGAAGACAUUUGGUGGCCUCCUCAACAGCUAUGUCCUGAAUGUCUACCACGAGAGGAUGGAGUGAUCGAAUAUGGAAACAGUUUGAACAAUACAACACAGUUUUUUUUUUCAUUUUUACAACUCAUCUGACUUUGAUGUACUCACAUGAUGCUAAUGCCCUUUGGCGGUCGAGUGAUUUGCUGAUCGCUGAUCUGUUUAUCGUGUUUAAUUAAUGAUGAAUCAAAUUCGACUAAAUCCA